AAACAAGCAACUUUAGUUUUCUACUUCAGAGAGAAAGAGAGAGAGAGAUGAAAAAUGUGCAAGAUCAAUACCGUAAAGGACCGUGGACAGAACAGGAGGACAUCCUCUUGGUCAACUUUGUCCACUUGUUCGGAGAUCGAAGAUGGGAUUUUGUAGCGAAAGUUUCAGGUUUGAAGGUGGAGGGAGAAACAUAAGAAUAGGUUUAAACAGAACAGGAAAGAGUUGCAGGUUAAGGUGGGUUAAUUACCUGCAUCCUGGUCUCAAACGUGGUAAGAUGUCUCCUCAAGAAGAGCGUCUUGUCCUUGAGCUUCACGCCAAAUGGGGUAACAGAUGGUCAAAAAUCGCCCGGAAAUUGCCGGGGAGAACAGAUAAUGAGAUAAAGAACUACUGGAGGACUCAUAUGAGGAAGAAAGCUCAGGAGAAGAAGCGACCUAUGUCUCCAACUUCCUCAUCUUCUAACUGCUGCUCAUCAUCUAUGACCACUGCAACUACUGAUCAAGACACUGGAGGAUCCAAUGGGAACAUGAAUCAAGAAUGUGAAGACGGAUACUACUCCAUGGAUGACAUAUGGAGAGAGAUUGAUCAGUCUGGAGCAAACAUUAUCAAACCUGUAAAAGACAUCUACUACUCAGAGCAAAGCUGUUACUUGAACUUCACUCCUCCUCUGACUUCUCCAACAUGGGAAAGUUCCUUGGAGUCUAUAUGGAACAUGGACGCAGCAGAUGAAAGUAAGAUGUCUUCUUUUGCCAUUGACCAGUUUCCCCUCAGUUUUCAACAUGGUAGAUCAUCGUGGUCGUCUUUAGUCUAGGAUUUGAUUCAUUGGAAUGUUUAGUUGUGCAGCCUAUAUAUAUAUAUAUAUAUUAUCAAACGACUCUAGUAGUUUUUCAUGACUUAAACAAAAACAAAAACACCACCCACUGUACUAAUUUCAUGUGUAGUCAUCAUAUCCUCUGCCUUUUCCAUGGACACCAGUGUUGUAAUACAAAGUCAGAACUCUAUUUUCAAAAUCAAUAAGACUUUCAAGUUUCUGUGAAA